GAGAAAGUUGGAAUCUGUGAGUCCGAACGUAGAUUCCGAGAACAAACAAAAGAUGUUAAGCUAACAGUCACAGCGGGCGAGGUGAUUAUAACGUGAACGCUCACAUGCUGAUCGCCACUACCGCUAGAGCAUUCACGGAUUCCAGUACCUUGCUCUGCAUCUCUCUCUCUCUCAAUCUACGAUCCUUCCACUUCACACAAGAAACUAGGGAACGGCGGCUGCAAUGGAUGCCCGCGGCGUGGGGUUGAAGGCGAAUGUAUGCUUCGGCCGUGCGAAGAGAAGAAGCAUCGGGAGUGGGAUUUGGGGCGAAGGUGUUAGAGGUUGUCCGGAGAUUUUGAAGCGUAGGAGUUCGUUUGGGGCGCGGAUCAAGACUGGAGUAGCACUCGCUGUUCUUACUUCAGACGUAAACCAGGAAACCAUGGUCUUUCGAGCACCGAUGUUUGGGAAUGAAACGGCCGAUCCUAAGAGCGUUGCUUCCAUGAUAUUAGGAGGCGGCAAUGGCAGUCAGCUAUUUCCUCUCACUAAUACAAGAGCCACUCCCGCAGUUCCAAUUGGUGGAUGCUACAGACUUAUUGACAUCCCAAUGAGCAACUGCAUCAACAGCGGGAUAAACAAGAUAUUCAUUAUGACACAAUUCAAUUCAGCUUCACUGAAUCGCCACCUUUCUCGGACGUAUAACUUCGGGAAUGGAAUUAAUUUUGGCGAUGGAUUUGUUGAGGUUUUAGCAGCUACACAGACCUCCGGAGAAGCUGGGAUGGGCUGGUUUCAGGGCACUGCGGAUGCAGUUAGGCAAUUCACUUGGGUUUUUGAGGAUAACAAGAACAAGAACAUCGAGCACAUACUGAUUUUAUCUGGAGACCAACUUUAUCGUAUGGAUUAUAUGGAUCUUGUUCAGAAACAUAUCGACACUAAUGCCGACAUUACAGUUUCAUGCGUUCCCGUGGAUCACAGCCGAGCAUCCGAUUAUGGACUAGUGAAGAUGGACAAGGCUGGUCGCAUUGCCCAAUUCUCUGAGAAACCCAAAGGCGUAGAUCUGGAAGCCAUGAGCUAUGGUGGAACCUUCCUCCCGAUGUCUUGCCAGGACUCUUUGAAAUAUCCAUACAUUGCGUCGAUGGGAGUUUAUGUGUUCCGACGAGAUAUUCUACUGAAGCUUUUGAGGUGGAAAUAUCCGAAAUCAAAUGACUUCGGAUCAGAUAUCCUCCCUUCUGCUGUAAAGGAGCAUAAUGUUCAGGGGUAUAUGUUCAACGAUUACUGGGAGGACAUAGGAACAAUCAGAUCCUUCUUCGAUGCAAAUUUAGCAUUGACAGAACAGCCUCCAAACUUUGAAUUCUAUGAUCCAAUGACUCCCUUCUAUACAUCGCCUCGGUUUCUACCCCCAACAAAAAUAGAGAAGUGCAGGGUUGUCGAUGCGAUCAUCUCACACGGGUGCUUCUUGCGCGAGUGUGGCAUAGAGAGUUCCAUAGUCGGAGUGCGGUCACGCCUUGAUUAUGGUUCAGAGUUGAAGGACACCAUGAUGAUGGGAGCUGAUAUAUACGAAACCGAAGCAGAAAUUGCUUCUCUGCUGGCCGAUGGUAAAGUUCCGAUCGGCGUAGGGCAGAACACCAAGAUCAGGAACUGCAUUGUCGACAUGAACGCAAGGAUUGGCAAGAACAUCGUCAUCCAAAAUAAGGACGGUGUCCAAGAGGCGGAUAGGCCGUCAGAGGGCUUCUACAUACGAUCAGGGAUUACGAUUGUCGUGAAGAAUGCUACAAUCAAAGAUGGGACAAUCAUAUAAGAAGAUACAUUUCUUCAAGGAAAUGAGAUGAACAAUCCAAGGAAUGCUAGUACCAUAAUAGUAUUUGUUGCUGUAAAAUAUGUGCUAGGUUGGUAUACAUUAUAUAUUUCGUUUAUGGAUUAUGGCUUCUGCCUAUGAAAAAUAAGAACUGUAAUAUUGUAUCUGAGUUCAUGAGCUUUAUAGUUUAUGAUCGGAGAACUCAAAA